ACAAAAUAUUCCGGAGCUUGACUAUGAUAUUGUAAUUUCCGGGAAUAAAGUGUACAAAAAUAUUAAAACCGUCAAAAUACGGUUGGGGAAUGGGUACCCCAUCCUAAUUGGUAAAAAGUUUGACUUAAGAUAUCUAUAGUAUCGUUGAAAUGGCUGUACAAUGUCGUCUGUGUGCCUUGUUUUUCUUCCAAUUGAAUCCCACGAUCAUAUUCAACCGUGGUAUUCUCGCCAAGAUCAAAGAUCUCACUGGAUUAUGGAUACAAGAGGACGAGCACCUGCCGCGCCACAUUUGCCCAUCUUGUCUGAAUGAGCUAAGUAUAUUUACCGAAUUGAGGCAACGCAUUCAACGGAACCACAAUAUGCUACAUCUCAGAGGAAUGGUCCCAAGUGCCCAGGAUCUGGAGUCUCAACUGUCAAGUUCGGAUUCAGACGCGGAUUUCUCGUAUUUCGCCACAGAAUCAGAGGAAUCCUAUGACACCCAAGGUGUCGACAAUCAAAAAAGUAUACAGGACCUCAUAGAUUGGAAACUAUAUAAUUUGGAAACACCAGAAUCUAAAGAGCUUGAAAACUUCUACAAGUACGAUUUAAAUGAAAGUGAUCAUGAAUCAGAGGAUUGUGAUGCUUGGUCUAACUUAGAAGGCACAGAUGCAUACGGAUCAGAGGUUACCAUAGAAGAUCGUAACUUAAGUGUAUCCGAAGUUCAGUAUCUAAAUACGAAGGCAUUUGAAACUGAUAAAGAAUCGGUUGACUACGAAAAAUGGGAGCCAUACAGUAUUGCAAAUCAAGACACUCAAAAACUUUCUGUUCCGAUAGGAUUUCCAAAAAAUGGUCAGGAAUUAUCAGUUCCAAAAGAAGGUAUUGCAAAAGUCAAAAAGCCUUUAGGUUCUUCGUUGGCAGCAUGCGAAAAUGUUAUUCGCAAAGAUGAUUUUAAAGGCCGUGGAGGUAAAAUCAUCCAAAUUAAAACAAUGCUUACCAUUCAGAAAGCAGGUUCUGCUCCUCUGCAACCGAAAGACAGGACCGUUGAGAAUAUUCCCAAGCCCAAAAGGAAAAGGACCCGGAAAGCUCAAUGCCUGGACUGCACAGAGUGCGGAAAGUCCUUCAAGACCACAUACAACCUUAAGUUGCACCUGGUGCGCCACACUGGUCGUAAGGAUUUUGCCUGCUCUUUCUGCGAAAGGCAAUUCGUUUCCAAACAUUUGUUGAAACUGCACGAGCGAGUCCGCCACUUGGGAGAACAGCCCUUCAAGUGCAAAUUCUGUCCAAAUACUUUCUUUACCAGUACGGCUAAGAACCAACACGAGCGAAUAAGACACAUUAGAGACCGGAGCUACAAAUGCGAUGAGUGCAACAGAGGCUUCAACACCAAGACGUGUUUGAAUAAGCACAAGUUCUUGCACACGGGCAUAAAACCUUAUUACUGUGCUGUGUGCAAUAUUAACUUUGCAGAAAGGGAAAAAUUAAAGAAACAUAUUAGCACACAGAACCACCAGAAGAGGGCAACAGCAAUCCUGGAUGCAAAGCAAAGCUUGGAGUACGAUGAAGGAAACUCGUUUAUUGAUUCGAUCUUAACAGAGCCGAAAAUAUUGUACACCUAAAAUGGGAUAUUUCAUUUUUAAAAACACUACUUGGAUGCUUUGAGGUGGGAGAUACAUAUUUUAUACUGAUUUAAGAAAGAUCUCUGUGCGUAAAUAUUUUCCUUUUGUUUUGGCACUGGACUGCCGCUUUUUAAGUUAUUUUAAAUUUCGUGUAAGACAAUAACACUAUUAUUAACGUUUUUUGUUUCAUUUUUCUAUGUACCACUACUAGGCAUUUAUGUUUUUUGACGAUCAUAACAUUUUGAAAAGAUUAUCUUGUUUAAUGGAAAUUUCAUUUUAUAUUUGACAGUGCAACAGCCAUACAGUUAAUAAAU